GCGGCGCGCAAGCGCGGGAGGUUUCAGAAGCGAAUUCUGCGCGGGGAAGCUCGAGCGGGAGGUGGCGGCUCUGCUGGGCGGGCGGCGGCGAUUCCACGUGCUCCCCGCGGCCGGUUGAAACCGUUGGCGGGCGCUGGCUGAGAGAACAAGACUUAAAACCUGUCUUGGAUAAGAAAUAUUUAAUCAAUCAUUUAGCUAAAAAUGGUAUUUUUUACAUGCAAUGCAUGCGGUGAAUCAGUGAAGAAAAUACAAGUGGAAAAGCAUGUGGCUCUUUGCAGAAACUGUGAAUGUCUUUCCUGCAUCGACUGCGGUCAAGACUUCUGGGGUGACGACUACAAAAACCAUGUGAAAUGCAUCAGUGAAGAUCAGAAGUAUGGCGGCAAAGGGUAUGAAGGUAAAACCCACAAAGGCGACGCUAAGCAGCAGGCGUGGCUUCAGAAAAUUAAUGAACUAACAAAAAGACCCAAUGUCAGCCCCAAAGUGAAGGAACUUUUACAGCAAAUCAGUGGCUUUGACAACGUUCCCAGGAAAAAGGCGAAAUUUCAGAACUGGAUGAAGAACAGUUUAAAAGUCCAUAAUGAGUCUGUCCUGGAGCAGGUGUGGAGUAUCUUUUCUGAAGCUUCCAGCAGUGAGCCAGUCAGUAACAAAGGGCAAGAUGAGCAGCCACCAGAGCAAGUGGCCCAACCCCAGGCAGAAAACUCCUCCACGGCUCCAUCCUCGAAAGCAAAUGACAGCUUAGAAGAGCGAGCAGAGGCCAAGAAGAAUAAGAGAGAAAGGAAAGAAGAAAGGCAGCAGAAGAACAGGAAAAAAGAAAAGAAAGAACUAAAACUGGAAAACCACCAAGAGAACUCGAAGAGUCAGAAGCCUAAAAAGCGCAAGAAGGAGCCAGAGGCCGAAGGGGAGGAGGCCCUGGAGGCCCCCGGCUGCUCGGGGAAGAAGAGCCAGAAGAAGAGGAGCAAGGCCGAGCGCGCCCAGGAGGCGGAUGGAGCCACUGAGGACCAGGAGAGGACGGCAGGAACCGGUCCAGGGAAGAGAAAGCGGAAGGAUCUGGAAGUUGAAGCAGACUCUAAGAAGAAGAAGAUGAAGCUCCCAGGACAUUGUGAGGAUGGAGAAGCGGAAAACCAUGAGGCUCCUGCAAAAGGUAAAUUCAACUGGAAGGGAACCAUUAAAGCAGUUCUGAAACAGGCCCCAGACAACGAAAUCACAGUCAAAAAGCUAAGGAAAAAGGUUUUAGCGCAGUAUUACGCUGUGACCAAGGAACACCACCAGUCUGAAGAGGAACUCCUGGUCAUCUUCAACAAGAAAAUCAGCAAGAACCCCACCUUGAAGUUACUGAAGGAUAAGGUCAAGCUUUUAAAAUGAACUUUUUUUAUAUCUAAAAAUCGAACCCAUUCUGCCGAUCUCUUCCUUUCACGACUGCUUGUAAAACAUGUAAUGAAUUAAAACAACUCAAUUUCGCUCUCCAAAGCUGUAUUUUUAAGUUAAGAAAAAAUAUAUAUUUUUGGUAGAACUUAUAUGAGAAAAUAAAAUAUAUUCUUGUUCCACCUAA